AUGGACUCACCCAACGCCAUCCGGCUCUCCGUGGACAUCCUCCAGGAUGCCUUCGGUGACGUGGUGGCCAAAGUCGGGGAAGUGCUGUUGGAAAGGGGUCAGCUGACCAUCCGAGAGAUUAUGGCUUGCGGGAAGGGGGUUGAGGAUGACGAUCUGACUUUUCCGCAGAUCCGCAAUGCUUUGCUGGUUCUGACGCAGCACGGCCUUGUUAACUUUCAUCCAUUCCGACAGUCGCAGGACGGUAAAGCCCACGUUCAGGUGUAUGCCAUGGACAUCGAGGAAGUUCUUGCCCGCAUCCGCUUUCCACAGUACUUGGAGUACGUCGGGUGCAGGUAUGGUCCGCUCGGGCAGGAGCUCCUGGAAGUGGUCUUCAAGUUCGGCCGAGUGGCCCGACAUGUCCUCCUCAAGGAGGCCAAGGAGGCGCCCCGGUCCGUGCCGCUGUCUCCAGAGGAGAUCCAGGAGUCCUUGCGGCUUUUGGUCACCGAGCGGAUCCUGCGACCCGUGGAGGGCAAAGAUCGCAGCUCCUCCCGCCCGGAAGGAGCCUCGGCCUCGGGUUCUGGUGGGGGGGCAUCCGGCCUCGGCCUGGCGAGCCGCCCUCAGACUCGGCCUGAAAAGCGAAAGAGGCCACGACUCGAGGACGUUCUUUCGGCCGGCGCCGCGGAGCUGAGCCGAGAUGCGGAGCCCAAAGCGGAAGUCGCCGAGGAAGCGAACGAUAUGAAAGAUGCGGUGUACCGCUACGACCGGGUGAACCUCGACCUGUGCCUUCGGAAAUCUGCUCUCUGCCGGCUGGUGGAAGAACAGACGAGUGAGCAGGCGGCAGUGGCGAUGCAUGCAAUGCUGCACUGGGUGGUGCCGAACCAAAAUGGCGAAGGUGUCACGUCAAGCUAUGCCAACCUGGAUCAGGUCUAUCAGAAAAGUUCAGGCCUUCUCAAAGCGGAGGGUCGCGAUCCCUCGCGGGUGAAGGAGAAGCUGCGCGGCAGCCUUGACUUACUUGCCAAGCACAAAGACCAGGUCUUGCGCAAGCGGGUUGCCGCUAUCAAGGAGUCCGACAUGAGCGAGUGGAUUGUCGACUGGGAUCGUGCAUGUGAGUGUCUGCGCAGCAUGGCCCUCUCACAGUUCAUCCGGGAUCGCUUUGGAAAGAUCGGCUUGCGGAUCUUCAACCUGCUUCUGGAGGAGAGUCCUCCGCAAAGGCUGGAAGAGGCCUACAUCUUCAAAGUAUGCAUGAUUCCAAUGUUGGAUGGUCGGGAGCUGCUCCAAAGCAUGGCGAAGAACUCUGUCUUGUCCUGGCAGCAAGUGGCUCGGAGCAGUGAUGGUGCUGUUGCAAACUCCGUUUGGCUCUACUACGUGGACAUACGCCGCAUGGUUCCGUCCAUGUUGGAUCUGGCCUACAACGCCAUGCUGAACCUGAGGAUAAGGUUUAGGGCCGAAAGUGCCCGAGUGGCGCCAAUGGAGAGCCGGGCCCUCUCCCUAGGCUCGCGUGCCAGGCAAAGUCUGCGACAGGGCCGACGUGUCGAGGACCUCCUGGAGCGCUCCUUCUUGCUGCUGGAUGCCUUGCCGCUGCUUUGCCGAUGA